CAGGGGACCUAAACGUGCUGAACUUCGAGAUAAGGUUCUUUUUUCUGUUAUACUCAAUUCUUCCUUGAUUGUACAUUUUUGUUGUUCGUUGUCUUCUUUGGACGACGUUGAAAAGAAAAAAAAAAAAAGAUCACCACUACUUGCUUGAAAAGUCGGCGAUCGUUGAAAGACAAUGGUCGUCAGUCCGCCUUUGACUCCUGGUGUGCAAGGAUCCCGAGCGUGGGUGACGCUCGUAACCAACCCUGCGUAUGUGGCCGGUUUACUUACUCUUCAUCGUACCCUGUCGUCUCUUUCCGCGUACCCACUCUUGGUGAUGACUACUCCUUCACUCCCUGCCACUCAUUCGUCACUUCUUCGUUCCCUUGGUCUGAAUCUCGUUCCGGUAUCUCACCUCUCGCCGUCUUCUUCGCAACAUCCUGGAUUUGAUCCUUCAUUUUCUCGAUUCAAUGAUGCUUGGACCAAGCUGCAAGUGUUUGGGCUUACAGAGUACGACAAGGUCAUUCUGAUAGACUGCGAUAUGAUCUUCCUCAAGGAUAUGGACGAAUUAUUUGACUUUGAGCUACCAGGAAGAGAUUGGAUCGGAGCUUCUCCUGCCUGUGUAUGUAAUCCACUCAAACUUGGACACUAUCCAAAGGACUGGAUCCCCGCCAACUGCUCCCUAUCCAUGCAGCAAUCUCCCACUUCUCUUACAUCUCCCCCCAUCCCAUCCCCGUCCGCCCCACGUACAGCUCAUUUGCUUAAUUCGGGACUUGUAAUUUUACACCCUUCAUCAACUGUCCUUGCAUCUCUGAUAGACUUUAUCAACACGUCUCCUACCAUCGCCCAUGUCAAAUUUGCCGAUCAGGAUGUCAUUGCCGAAGCUUUUAAGGGAAGAUGGAGGCCGUUACCGUGGUGGUGCAACGCGUUGAAGACGUUGCGAGCUGUCCACAAGCCGCUGUGGAGGGACGAGGAGGUUGGAAUCAUACAUUACAUUCUGGAUAAGCCGUGGUCGGCUCGUCCCCCUUCACUCCCGCCGCAUCAACACCCCUCGCCCGCGUUGCCGCCUUCCCCUGCUUCUCUAGACGGAAGCGAUGACGGUCAAGCAUCCUACCAUGUAAAACCACAAAUUCGCCGCCGACCUUUGCCAUCCGGUCUACUUGACGCCGUUCGAAAUUCACCACCGCAAAAGAGUUUGACGGAUUAUAGCGAAGUAGAUGCCUGGUGGUGGAUCGUGUAUGAAGAUCUUCUAGACGAUCUGAAGGCCAGAGGCGUGGAUUGGGAGGCUGUUGAUAAAUGGGUUACUCGAUAAAAAAUUGAUUUCCAGCGCGUUAGGCCGAUAGAUGUUCACAUAGAGUAAAUUGUAAAAGAAUUA